GUUAUUGACCUUUGCUUUAUGAGGUGAUUUUUUUCCCUUCCACAUCAACUAACUGGGCAUAACCUUAGAAUGUCUUUGAAAUUGCAGGUCAAAGUCGCCCCAUGAAAGCACUUCCAAGUAUGUGAGCCAUAUAUGUUAGAAAGUAUUUUUUGAAAGCUGCCGAUUGAGGGUGACUAAACCUAUUGACAUCAGGAAACGAAUCUUCCAGAAGGGUGUGAUUCUGAAAGUGUGGUUGCACCAGAGAAACAGGCGAAGGAAUAGAGAGUCUGGGUCUGCAAGUUUCGCUUGCGAGCUAGGGGAACACUGGCUUCCUUCAGACUUCCUUCAAACACGCCAUGUGGUAUAGGAUCUAAGUUUUAUUUGAGAAGUAGUGUCGGGUGUCCCGCGCUGCGUUCCUUUACUGACGUUCCAAACGGGUGGGACACACCCCACCCAGCCUCGCUCAGGCAAUUCUUCUUUCCUGAGAGACUAGUCUCAGAGUUUUCCCAUCUUCUCCACACACUUGGAGGAAAGGAGACAUUUUUGUUUCAGAGAUUCCAAGUCCGGGGGAACAGCGGGAGAUGAGAGGAAGACAGCCACCCCUCCGCCAAACGCCGAGGGGCUCCUGGCCGGGCCUGAAGCCCCGGCUCUGGGCUCCGGGAGCCUGCGCAGCUCGUCACGUGACUCACGUGAUUCACGCGCUGACUGCUGGGAGCCCGCGGAGACUGCGCUCGCGCGUGCGAACCAGCUCUCGCCUCCGGAAUAUGAUGGCAAGUCACAUUGUAAAACCUGAUACUAGAAAUUGCAAGAGACCAAGAGAACUAGAGCCUCAAAUGCCAGAGAGUCCACAACUGUCCUCUCUUGGAAAAUCAGAAUCCUCUUUCUUGGAAAGCUCUGGACUAUUUUAUAAAGAUGAAUCCCUGGACAAAGAUUUGAAUGAUAUGAGCAAGGAAAUUAAUCUAAUGUUGUCUACAUAUGCAAAGAUCUUAAGUACCAUGGAAAGUACUCAUCAGAAGAAGGCAACCUUCGGUAAACGUGAGAAGCUUCCAUGUAUUGCACCACUCCUAACCACGGUGGAAGAGACGCCACAGAUGGUCUCUGCUCAAGUCCAAGGACAUUUUCCCAAGUGGCUCAGUGGCUAUCUACUUCGAAUUGGGCCCGGGAAAUUCGAGUUUGGGAAGGAUAAGUACAAUCACUGGUUUGAUGGAAUGGCUUUGCUUCACCAGUUCAGGAUGGAGAAGGGCACGGUGACCUAUAGAAGCAAGUUCCUGCAGAGUGAUACAUAUAAGGCCAAUAGUGUUCAUGACCGAAUUGUCGUCUCAGAAUUUGGCACGCUGGCUCUCCCUGAUCCAUGCAAGAAUGUUUUUGAACGUUUCAUGUCAAAGUUUGAGCUGCCUGCAAUGACUGACAAUACCAAUGUCAACUAUGUGCGGUACAAGGGCGACUACUAUGUUAGCUCUGAGAUCAACUUUAUGAAUAAAGUGGACAUUGAAGCUCUGGAAAAAACAGAAAAGGUAGACUGGAGCAAAUUUAUUGCUGUGAAUGGAGCAACUGCACAUCCUCAUUAUGACCCAGAUGGAACAGCAUACAACAUGGGGAACUCCUUUGGGCCACGUGGUUCUUGCUAUAAUAUUAUUCGGGUUCCUCCAGAGAAGGUGGAUCCUGGGGAGACAAUCCACGGAGCCCAGGUGAUAUGUUCUAUUGCCUCUGCAGAGAGGAUGAAACCUUCUUACUAUCAUAGCUUUGGAAUGACGAGGAACUAUAUAAUCUUCAUUGAACAGCCUCUAAAGAUGAAUUUGUGGAAAAUUGUCACUUCUAGAAUUCGGGGAAAGGCCUUUUCAAGUGGAAUAAGCUGGGAACCCCAGUAUAAUACACGGUUUCAUGUGGUGGAUAAGCACACUGGACAGCUUCUUCCAGGAAUAUACUACAGUAAACCUUUUGUUACUUUUCAUCAAAUCAAUGCCUUUGAGGACCAGGGCUGUGUUGUAAUUGAUUUGUGCUGUCAAGAUGAUGGAAGAAGCCUGGAAGUUUACCAACUACAGAAUCUCAGGAAAUCUGGGGAAGGGCUUGAUCAGGUCUAUAAUUCAGCAGGCAGAUCUUUCCCUCGAAGGUUUGUUUUGCCCUUACAUGUCAGUUUGAAUGACCCCGAAGGAGAGAACCUCAGCCCAUUGUCCUAUUCUUCAGCUAGUGCUGUGAAACAAGCUGAUGGAAAGAUUUGGUGCUCUUAUGAAAAUCUACAUCCUGAGGAUCUAGAGGAGGAAGGAGGUGUUGAAUUUCCCCAGAUCAACUAUGGCCAAUUCAGUGGCAAAAAGUAUCGUUUCUUCUAUGGUUGUGGCUUUCGGCAUUUGGUGGGGGAUUCUCUGAUCAAGGUUGAUGUGGUGAAUAAGACACUGACGAUUUGGAGAGAAGAUGGCUUUUACCCCUCAGAACCAGUGUUUGUUCCAGCACCAGGAGCCAGUGAAGAAGAUGGUGGGGUUAUUCUCUCUGCAGUGAUCACCCCUGACCAGAAUGAAAACAAUUUUCUCCUAGUCUUGGAUGCCAAGAACUUUGAAGAACUGGGCCGAGCAGAAGUACCUGUGCAAAUGCCUUAUGGGAUCCAUGGCACCUUUGUAACCAUCUGAUGGAGCAAUUCGAAACACCUGGAAACUAGCUUUAAAAUGAACAUGCUCCGGGGCGCCUGGGUGGCUCAGUCGUUAAGCAUCUGCCUUCGGCUCAGGUCAUGAUCCCAGGAUCCUGGGAUUGAGCCCCUCCUCAGGCUCCCUGCUCAGCGGGAAGCCUGCUUCUCCCUCUCGCACUCCCCCUGCUUGUGUUCCUGCUCUCGCUCUCUCUCUGUCAAAUAAAUAAAUAAAAUCUUUAAAUAAAUAAAUAAAUAAAUAAAUAAAUAAAUAAAAAAUGAACAUGCUCCGUACAAAAGGGAGAGCAAAAAGGGCACCUUCCCUUCCAAACCACAGACACCUGGUUUUAAAAUUUCUAUUAAAAACAGAAUUCUUGAGAUAAUAAUGGUUUUAUAAUUUUUUAGAGCUCUUUCUUAAAAACAUUAAACAAGUGUUGAUACAACCUUUUGAAGAGAGUUUUAAAUUUAUAUUUACUAGAUAGAUCUUCCUCUAGAUAAUAAAUAUACGAGAAAGAAAAAGUAGAGCUAGGGGCACCUGGGUGGCUCAGUUGGUUAAGCGACUGCCUUCGGCUCAGGUCAUGAUCCUGGAGUCCCGGGAUCGAGUCCCGCAUCGGGCUCCCUGCUCUGCAGGGAGUCUGCUCCUCCCUCUGACCCUCCCCCCUCUCAUGUGCUCUCUCUCUCUCUCAUUCUCUCUGUCUCAAAUAAAUGAAUAAAAUCUUUAAAAAAAAAAAAAAAAAAGAAAGAAAAA